AUGAGCUGCUGCCUGUCGCGGAAUCCGUUAAUUCAGUUGAAAACCUCACCCAAAUUUCGCGCCAAAAAGACAAGUAUCAGUUUCUCUGCUCGUCUUGAAAACCCACAACUCAAUCUCUCCGUCCUCCGAUUCACACUCGGAAUACCUGGGCUAGACGAGUCCUACUUACCCAGAUGGAUCGGAUAUGGAUUCGGUUCACUUUUGCUCUUGAACAAUUUCGCGGCUUCUGUUUCACCUACUCUACCACAGCUUGUAAGAAGAAGUAUUGGAUAAUGCAAUGACUUUGUGUAUGCAUUGCUUGCUCGGCACUUGUAAAAACCUGAUUUGUGACUUUGUUUAUUGUAGGGUGCUACUCCAAUGGAUCAAACGAGUAUCCCAGAGGGGUGUGAGCAAAAAAUAUUGAUAUCAGAGACUACCUCAAAUACUCGGAAGGACGACUUGGCUUGGGCUACGUACAUUUUGUUGCGCAAUUCAAACACCGUAUCAGUGAUGGUAUCAGUUCAAAAUGAACUGUGUGUACGUGGUUACUGGAGCAUACCAGAUGAUGUCUCAAAAUCAAAUGUACUUGAUUGGUUUGGGAAGCAGAUCAAAAGUAUUGGCCUCUCUAACUUGAAGGAAACCCUUUACCUUCCUCAAAUUGAAGAUUCUGGACUCUGGGAGAUGCUACCCGAGGGGACUCGUUCGCUUCUUGUACAACCAGUGCUGCAUGUUUUGCACCCAAAUGAUAGUGGAAAUGCAAAUCUUCAGGGAUUUGUCUUGUUGGCUUCAAGCAUGAGAUAUGCUUAUAGUGAUAAAGAUAGAGCUUGGGCUAGAGCUCUUGCAAAGAAAUUCAGAAGCAUGUGAAAAAAAAAAAAACUAAAAAACGAAGGCUGGCUUAGAGCUCUCACCGAAAAAUGUGAAGGUACAUUGUUCAAGUAAACAAUUAUGAAUUGAGAAGAGAUGAGUGAUCUCAGAUACAA